AUGAACCGAGCGUUGAUGCCGUUGCAGAGCGAUGGAGGGCGCUGGCGGCGCGUUCUGGCGGCGCUGCGUCGGCGCAGGCGUGCGUCUGCUGCGCGCCGCGCUGGCGCUGGUCGGCCCGCCGCCGCUGCUGCACGCCGACCCGCUCGUCCUCAAGCUCAUAGGUACGUAGCGCCACCCCUCACGUUGCGCGCCGGUCGGCCCGCCGCCGCUGCUGCACGCCGACCCGCUCGUCCUCAAGCUCAUAGGUACGUAGCGCCACCCCUCACGUUGCGCGCCGGUCGGCCCGCCGCCGCUGCUGCACGCCGACCCGCUCGUCCUCAAGCUCAUAGGUACGUAGCGCCACCCCUCACGUUGCGCGCCGGUCGGCCCGCCGCCGCUGCUGCACGCCGACCCGCUCGUCCUCAAGCUCAUAGGUACGUAGCGCCACCCCUCACGUUGCGCGCCGGUCGGCCCGCCGCCGCUGCUGCACGCCGACCCGCUCGUCCUCAAGCUCAUAGGUACGUAGCGCCACCCCUCACGUUGCGCGCCGGUCGGCCCGCCGCCGCUGCUGCACGCCGACCCGCUCGUCCUCAAGCUCAUAGGUACGUAGCGCCACCCCUCACGUUGCGCGCCGGUCGGCCCGCCGCCGCUGCUGCACGCCGACCCGCUCGUCCUCAAGCUCAUAGGUACGUAGCGCCACCCCUCACGUUGCGCGCCGGUCGGCCCGCCGCCGCUGCUGCACGCCGACCCGCUCGUCCUCAAGCUCAUAGGUACGUAGCGCCACCCCUCACGUUGCGCGCCGGUCGGCCCGCCGCCGCUGCUGCACGCCGACCCGCUCGUCCUCAAGCUCAUAGGUACGUAGCGCCACCCCUCACGUUGCGCGCCGGUCGGCCCGCCGCCGCUGCUGCACGCCGACCCGCUCGUCCUCAAGCUCAUAGGUACGUAGCGCCACCCCUCACGUUGCGCGCCGGUCGGCCCGCCGCCGCUGCUGCACGCCGACCCGCUCGUCCUCAAGCUCAUAGGUACGUAGCGCCACCCCUCACGUUGCGCGCCGGUCGGCCCGCCGCCGCUGCUGCACGCCGACCCGCUCGUCCUCAAGCUCAUAGGUACGUAGCGCCACCCCUCACGUUGCGCGCCGGUCGGCCCGCCGCCGCUGCUGCACGCCGACCCGCUCGUCCUCAAGCUCAUAGGUACGUAGCGCCACCCCUCACGUUGCGCGCCGGUCGGCCCGCCGCCACUGCUGCACGCCGACCCGCUCGUCCUCAAGCUCAUAGGUACGUAGCGCCACCCCUCACGUUGCGCGCCAGUCGGCCCGCCGCCACUGCUGCACGCCGACCGGCUCGUCCUCAAGCUCAUAGGUACGUAGCGCCACCCCUCACGUUGCGCGCCGGUCGGCCCGCCGCCACUGCUGCACGCCGACCGGCUCGUCCUCAAGCUCAUAGGUACGUAGCGCCACCCCUCACGUUGCGCGCCGGUCGGCCCGCCGCCACUGCUGCACGCCGACCGGCUCGUCCUCAAGCUCAUAGGUACGUAGCGCCACCCCUCACGUUGCGCGCCGGUCGGCCCGCCGCCACUGCUGCACGCCGACCGGCUCGUCCUCAAGCUCAUAGGUACGUAGCGCCACCCCUCACGUUGCGCGCCGGUCGGCCCGCCGCCGCUGCUGCACGCCGACCGGCUCGUCCUCAAGCUCAUAGGUACGUAGCGCCACCCCUCACGUUGCGCGCCGGUCGGCCCGCCGCCACUGCUGCACGCCGACCGGCUCGUCCUCAAGCUCAUAGGUACGUAGCGCCACCCCUCACGUUGCGCGCCGGUCGGCCCGCCGCCACUGCUGCACGCCGACCCGCUCGUCCUCAAGCUCAUAGAGGCAAAGCCCAUUUAUUAAAGUGGUUAUGUUGCGCAGAUACGCUGUGUAUGGGUGCGGGCGCGGCGCCGGGCACGUAUGCAGCUGCAGCGGCUGCGGCGCUGAGCGCCACGCUACCGCGCCACGGCGCAUUGCGUGCUAAAGCGCUGCAGCGACUGGCCGCGCUCGCCACGUUGGCACUGCAACGACUAGACACCGACAACCCUCUGCAUCUAAAAGGAUUGGAGCAAGCGAGAGGAGUGAUCGCCGCGGCUAAGGCUGCAGAAUGA